AUGUCGCCCCCAACCUUUGACAGCGAUGCGAAGCGAUGCGCUAAGACCAUGCUGUCUGAUGAGGAAGAGCCAGCCCAUAUAAUCAUGGAUGGGGCUACGUCCAAGACCAUGGACAUUUUUGGGGAGCUUCGCAGCAGAAUGAUCCUGUCAACCUCACCUCCAGCAGGGCGCGCGAUGCAAGCAUCAGCUGUCAGGUCUAUCAACUCAAAAUAA